AACACGGGUGGGCGUGAUGUCCAGCAAUACAAGCGACUAAAGUCUUUGUGUGGAAAAACUCACGAAACUCAUCGCAGAGAGACCCAACACUAAAAGGAACGACCCCUCGAUAAAGUCACGGCGCUGAAAUUCGGAAGGAAAUUGAUUAAGAGCUUUAACCUUGCUUGGCAAUGACUACUGAAGGAGAUCCAACUGAUUGGGUAAAAGUGCUUCACCUUUUGGUGAUUUCAUUCACCUGGGGAAUGCAAGUGUGGGUGUCUUUCAUAGCAGGAUUUGUGCUGAUUUCCCAGGUUUCCAUGCACACGUUUGGUCUUGUCCAAAGCAAGUUGUUCCCUUUUUAUUUCAACUGCCUGUUGGGUGGUAAUGCAGUAAAUCUGGCCAUUUAUGCAGUGUACCAUCCUAGAGAACUGCUGGACUGGCAUGAGGGCAUACAGAUGAUUUUGUUUUUUGUGGCCGUGAUUAUGGCCGGUCUGAAUGUGCAGUGGUUCGGCCCGUCUACCACAGAGAGCAUGGAGGUCAUGAGAGAGAUCGAGCAGGAACAUGGUUUGGGAGCGGAAGUGGGCAUGGGAUCCAACAGGGACGGAUAUACCAAACUCCGCGAGCAGGAUCCGAAGUACAAGGAACACAGAGCCACUUUCUAUCGCUACCAUGGUCUGUCCAACCUUUGUAACCUGGCUGGCUUUAUCUCCACUACCAUUAACCUCAUUUACCUGGCUCUUAAUUUAGGAACUAUAUGAGUGUUGUGUGUCACUACAGAAGAGUACAUGAAGCUGACCGGGAGAGGUUUCAGAUCAUUUUUGUGUGCCCGUGCCUUUAAAAGGUUUCUUUUUUUUGGCUGGAUGUAUUGAAUAUCAGUAACACUUUUAGUUUGUAUACAAUGAGAAUCCUAAGUGUACUUCAUGGUGUCAAGAACAAAUCAGACUCAUUUAAGUGGACCAAAAAUGUGAACUAGGCAAAUUGUUAUUUGUUAAUUAUUCAAUUUCUUCCAAAAUCUACAAUAAUGAUGCCUUAUCAUUGAAAGGCUGGUUAAAAUCCCAAGCCUCUUUUUUUUAACAUGUUUUUAAAUGUAUGCUAACAAUGCAUUCAAGGUAUACAUUUUAUCAGUAAGUGUUUUCCCUGGGUGUAACCUUAAUGUAAAACUGAUGGAAGACUGGCUCUAAAUAUUUGGCAGUAUUUUGCCCCAUGACAGUAUCUUUUGUAAUUGCAUUAAAAAUGUCAUUAAUCAAAAAUGUCAUGAUUCCUUUACCUUUGCUGUUACGUUGCCAAAAGUGGAUUGGAAGUAUGCAGUAAAAUUGACCCUGUAGUAAAGUGUAAUCAGGCCACCUCAUGAUAUGAGUUUGGUUCCCUUUAAAGGUGUUGUGUGUAGAUUUUUAUGUAGUUUUUAGUUAUGUAUAUGCCAUUUCGUUUAUGUCAAGAAAUACUUCUUAAAGUUACACAAUGCACCUUUUAAUGAGUCCGAGUAAAUUUUUGAGCAUGUUCAUGAUAUUUCUUUUUAUCCAUCCAUCCAUCUUUUUAGAUGUUUUAAAGUGAAUAAUUGCACUGAUGCUUAUUAUUAACAACAUAAUGGGUGAUUCUCACGAAAACUUGGUUUUAAAAAUGUCAAGCAUGAAAAUGUAAAAAUGGCUUAAAUUUACUUUUUUCCCACCAGACAUUGAAAAACAAAGUCUGGAGUAAAUGGGAACAUUAAUUUAAACACUUUUACUUAUCAUUUAACAUUUUUUUUAACAUAAUUUAAAAAAGUAGUCCUAAAAAAUCUCAUUACCGCAACAGUCAGAAAACAUCAACACUGACAUAUUUUCAAAAUGACAUGAUAAACCUGAAAGAACAUCAUUUGGAGAUUCUGCACAUGCAUUUAAAAUCAAAGUAUUAUGCUUCUAUUAAUUAAAUUAACAUUUAAUAAGCAUCUGUUGCGGUAAUGAUAAUCAAAAUGUCGUGUAAGCAUUCUGACAAGACAAUAUUUCAAAUUAACUGUAAAAAAAUGAUCUUACCUGGUAUCCAUCUUGAAAUAACUGGUCCAUGUGCUUGGUCACUCAAAAAUCAAACUUUAUUGAAAUUCUGUAUGUGUGCUUAAACUGUUCUCAAAAAGUGUUUUGCGGAGGAUGAGAACAUCAGGCAUGGACACAUCAUUUUCCUAAUUUUUCUUCAUUAUUAUUAUACAUGAAUAUUCAGUAAAUAUUUUUUCUGUCAUCUAAAGUAGUCUAGAAAAACAUCCAUUUAUUUUUUUUCUAAAUAUUUUUGUGUUAAUUUGAUUAAAUUACAACAUAACGCAUGUUCAAACACAGCCGGACACAUUGCGGUAAUGAGAAUUUCAGCAGAAAAUGAGAUAAAAUUGACAAAUUAUAAAUUCUUAUGUUGAAAUCACACAUUGUGCAAGGUAGAACACAGUAUUGUGUUAAUUCUGAUGCUUUUUAAUAUUACUAUAUUACACAUUUUAUAGCUAAAAUCAUUAGUGCCGUGGUGUUUCAAUGGUUUCGUGAGAAUUACCCAAUUAACAGCAUUUUAUUCAUUUAGCCUUUUAUCUCUUUUUUUGUUUGCAUUUGAUGAUUUCUGCGUAUGACAAUGUGAAUAAUGUAUAUCCUUCAGCCACUAGAAGACAUUUUCAUAAUGCAUGAAAUUUCCAUAAUGCAUUUAUGAGCUUGUUUGCAUUUUAUAUUGAAUGACACUAAAAGGACAAUUUGAAUAUAUGGAAAAGCACAGCAGUGUAAAUGUGAAAGAACCUUUGAUCAUCUUUGGGAAUGUAAUGUUUGAACAGCAAAGUAAACUUUUUUCCUUUCAUCA